CAAAGCACCCAUCCGCCCUCAUCCAACGGUCAUUCUUCUUCGCUCAUCGCCUUGUGCAAACUUUUUCUUUUCUUUUUUCACUUCUUUCACAAACUUCUCCAGACCUCGAUCGUGCUGCUGGCAGCUCGUAUCUUGCUCUCGAAACCUUUUUAAGUCCUUGCUUUCGCACUGCAACUUGCCUUCGCGCAAUUUUCCACCAGAACACACCUUGGCCACAUCCCGUCACCAUGCGCUUCUUCCUCAUUGCUCAACUCGCACUCUGCAUCGCUGCGCUUGCCGUAGCCGCGGCUCCGAUUCCUUAUGGACAGAUCGACGAACUCGUCCGCCGCGUCAACGUCAAGGUCGAGCCCAACGUGGGCAAGAAGAAUGCAGCAACAGCGCAGGCCUGUGUGGAGGCGUACUGCAAGAACAAUGUCCCUUCGGCCGACUCGGCCACGGUGUUUGACAACCUCCACAAGAGUCCAUCAGACAGCACCCCGCACUACACGACGUCCGUCAAGGAUGCCAGCGGCAACUACAUCAACGGCUUCGCACCCGGCACUACGCCCGACAAUGGCCAAAAGGCGCCCAUGCACCACGUCGACGCAAGCGGCAACCCUACUCCGCAACAGCAAUCAGUCAUGAAUGCGAACGGAGGAAAGUUCCCCAUUUGAGGCAAAAGAAGAAGAUUCCGAGCCGCUGGUGCCGUACCAUUGCUUGAUCUCAAGACAAAGAGGAAUGUCCGCUGGCGUUUU